CGUGACCUCACCUGCAGCGGCGCGAAGGUGUGUGAGUGGGAAGUGAACUGCCGUAUUUCCUCAUGCCGCCGUGGAUUAAAAGCAGCUACAAUGUCGGCGCCGCCACACAGCAGCCCACACAGCGAGACGCGCCAGCAUGCAGAUCGCGAUAAUCGUGGUGAUCGUGGGCCUCCUGCUGGGACCCGCGUGGACCUGCAACAUGAACCGCUGCUACGAGGAGGGCGAGCUGAGCAAGGCGGCCAGCAGGAAGUUGACGAGUCAUUACCCGCAGCCCCCGGAGCCCCACGGCGUGAUGGCGCGCGACUCCCCGUCCUCCUGCCCACUGGACCUCUACGUGCACUACCAGCACAGGGAGGCCAGGUCCUUGUCGCCAUGGAGAUUUGUGUGGAAAACCAUGAAGGACCACUACCCCUCCACGUAUGUCGAAGCUCAAUGUCUGUGCUCAGGCUGCAUCGUGAUCAAAAACAAGGGUGUCCCCGAAAUGAGUCACGACUACAACUCAGUCCCCAUCGAGCAGAGUCGAGUGUUUCUGAAGAGGGAGCUCUGUGAUGAUGGACGAAAGUAUCAUCUGAAGCCCGUCUCGGUUAAUGUGGUCGUGGGCUGCACAUGUGCCAGACCCCGUAUUGCUUCCUAGGGCCUCCCCUAGUAGGCCCACCGACUAUAUUUUAAGAUUCCACUAUGGUCAGUGGAAUGAUGGUUGGAUAUUCAUCCAGAACUGUAUUGCCUUUUCUUUGCAAUCAUUAGUCAGAACUUCAGAGGCGCCAAGUUGCAUAUGCCUUUUAUUUACAGGCCUAUUUAUUUAUUUAUGUUUACUGUACAGCGGGUAUUUUAAUAACAGCAGUUUUUCAUGUUGAAAUUUUUAAUAUUGUUAUUUAAAUGUACUUUUUAUGUGUCCUGUUCGGCGAUGUUUAGCUGAUUCAUGAGCAAAUGACGAAGAUCUGACAGUCUAAAAUAUUCUAUUUAUUUAUUUAUAUAUGCUGAUAUUGUCCCAAUUUCCAUGGCA